AGUAAAAUAGAUGUCUGCCAAACAGAAAUCGUGGUUACGUAAAUCAACAUUUCUAAUCAGCACAGGCUCCUUGACAGAGAGGAAGGGAGCUGAACGAAUUCUGCAGCGCGAUCCCAGUGAGAGUCGUUCAUUUUUGUGACCACACAUGCACAACAUCCUUUCGAUAAUGAACGACAUGAGCGGGGAGGUUAAAUUGUGUCUUUUGACUGCAUUAUCGUGAUUUCCAAAUCCGGAGUAGGGUCAACGUUUGCGUAAGGAAUCUUGGGUGAAUUUGGCUGUUGUAACAUUCUGAACAGUAGCGGAAUUUAUGCAGGGGUAGGCUAUGACAGAUUUUUUAGAGAUUAUUUAUAGAAGCCCUCUUGCUAUGCUGUAUAGGCUAAUCCAUUUUGAAUCAAAGUUUUGAUUUUUAUGCUGCUAAUAGGAGAUGCCACAUGCUGCAAAAAUGCGAUUCACUCACGAAACUGCAAGGAUUGACAACCAGACGGGACGAUAUGUCAAAAUUAAGGCCAGCAUCCCUAAUUUCAGAUGCACCUUUUUAUUUAUGGAACACCGGGCGAAGGGCGGCGCUAAAAUAUGGGGAAGCGAUAUGGAUCUUUCUGUCAUAUCCUCAAUCACAGCAUUAAGCAAAAUGUUAUAGGGGCGUUAACGGCGUUCAGUUGGUUGCACAUACAAUACAGUUUUAAAGGCAGACAGAUCGAAGCAGAUUGACAGAACAUGGCAGCAGUGAAAGCAUGCAACAUCUUGAUCACCGGAGCCAACCGGGGCUUGGGUUUAGAGACUGUUAAACAACUCGCAGAGGAUUCUUGUCCAAAACGUUAUAUUUUUGCUACCUGCCGUGACCCGGAUGGGUCAAAGUCUGAGGUUUUGAGAGAACUGGCAAAAAAGCAUCCAAGUGUGAUCACUAUCAUACGUCUUGAUGCUGAUGAUCCGUGCAGUAUCAAAGAGUCUGCAAAGAAAGUGGGAUCUCUUCUGGGAAACAAUGGUUUGAACCUGCUUGUAAAUAAUGCUGGAAUCGUGGCAAAAGGCACCAUUCGGACCAGCAGUGUUGAGGGCAUGAAAAACACCUUCAACACCAAUGUGAUAGGACCCUUAUUAAUCAUUAAGGAGUACCUACCAUAUCUACAAACAGCGGCCAAAGCCAGCGGAACACCAGGCAUGUCCGCUAAUAAAGCAGCUGUCAUCAAUAUCUCCACUGUGGGGGGAUCCAUCAGCACAAUGCCUUCCUUAUACGAACAAUUCCCAGUGUUGCCAUAUUGUGUUAGCAAGGCAGGUUUUAACAUGCUGACUGUGUUAGCUGCUGAGGAGUUAAAGGCAGAUGAGAUUCUCUGCAUGGCCCUUCACCCAGGAUGGGUGAAGACUGAACUGGGUGGCGAAAAAGCACCACUUGAACCAAAAGAAAGUGUGGAGGGGAUGCUGCAUGUAAUUGGCAGCCUUACUGAGAAGCAGCACGGUGGAUUCUUGGAUUACACUGGAAAAACAAUUCCCUGGUAAACCAGGAAAAACAAAAUCACAUACGAGAGGUCAUGAAAGGGCCAGUCCAGGUCUAAACUGCCCUGUUUAAUCUAUUAAUCAUAAAAUCUAAUCAUAAGAACUGAACUCACACGUUAUGACAUACACAUAACAAAUUUGUAUCAAAUGUAAUUUUAUACAAUAAAACAAUUAAUGAAGGAAUAAAGCAGUGCUG